AUGAAUGGCGCAAGCUUUAUCCCAUGCAAUGGCUCAGAGAGCGAAGGUCACCGUGAGCUAGGACGAUACGACGAGCCUUCUCAACACUGGACAACGAAUUGGCCCUACGCGUCACAUCCCUCUCCCAGCUUUGAUAACUUCAAUCCUUACCCCCUUUCAUUUGGCGUUCUGGAAACACCACCUGUUUUUACUGCAUUCAACGCGUCUCUUCCCUCGAUUUUCUCUUGCAACCCUGUCUUCCAAACAGUAUAUGACUACUCCACAACUCCCUACCAUGCGUCCCUCUCCUCAGUCACCCAGCCUCCUGUAAAUGAAUGGCGCGCUUCAUCGCCGCCACUCGUUAAUUCCGGUUUACCAUCAACCGCGCUUUCCCCUCUUGCGUGGGACACUUUCCCGUGGCAGCAAGCAUCCUCAUUCGUUCGAGAGGAUCGUGGCGUACCCGAGCUUGAACAUAUUCCCCCCAGUGACCACAGCAUCAUACGCCCGCAAAUCGCGACCGCUGCAACCAAACGCGCAGCUGCCAAACGCCGCCUCCAUCACCCGAAGCACAUUUGCGGCGUGUGUGGCUCCAGAUUUACCUCCAAGCCUAACCGUGAUCGUCAUGUUCGCGCACAUUAUGGGCAGCGCCCCUUUGCUUGUGAAUGCGGAAUGGCAUUCGCAUCAAAGAAUGACUUGAAGCGACACCGCAGGUGUUCAGGCCACAGAGAUCCCAAUACUCUCAAUAACUGA